AUGACGGUUCAGGUCGUUCUCAAUACCCCGCUCGCGGAUGCCUUGAGCGCCGCCAUUCAGCCAAAACUCGUCGAGGCCGGCUGGGCAUCAGGCUCUGACGACGACGCUGCGCUCGUUGAAUACAUCAUUCUCAUGCUCGUCAAUGGUCGCACGCAGGAGCAGAUCGCCACCGAGCUCGCAGCUGACCUCCUCGGCCUCGGUCCGGAAGACCCUGGCGCCGUCGACUUCGCGGCAUGGUUGUUUCAACAAGCGGAACAUAUCAAUGCGCAACUGAACGGCUCCCAGCCGGCAGGCAGUGAUGCAAUGUCUGGCAUGUCCCAAGGGAACGGCGACUUCGACACUGAUAUGGGCGCGAACGAUGGAAAUGAGUUAAACGCACCGACGGGCCCGCGUUCCAUGCGAAACGGCCCCAACCCGAGAGGAGGCGCCCGCGAGAAGCGCAUGCUCGGCUACAUGUCCAAGGCUAUGGACAGAUCAGGCGACUCAGUUCUCCACCGUGUUCGUGGCAACGACAGAAUCAACUCGCACGCCCGCGGACCCCCCACAGGCCCCAGAGGCGGCAUGGGACGUGGCGGACGAUCGAUGAACAACCGUGGUGUCAACAUUCAAGCUGGUCUGAAUGCGAUGGCAGGCAUGAACGGUCAGCAUGGAGGACCGCCUGGGAUGAACCCCAUGGCUGCCGCGUGGGGGAUGCCGCCGCAAGGACAACCUUCGCAGAUGGACCUCAUGGCGAUGAUGGAGCAACAAGCACAAAUGAUGUCUCAGCUCCAACAACAGCUUAUGAACCAGUCUGGUGGACGAGGCGGACGCCGCGGAGGCAAGUCACUAUUUGACCGGACUCAGAACUCUCGCGGCGGUUUCGGAAACCGUCAUCACCAGUCCAGAGACAAACAAGACACGGCAAUGGGAGAAGGCGGUGAAGGAGACGAUAUUGAUAUGUCGCAACCGAAGCGCGAAGCUCCCAACCCGGACGAAACCGUCUGCAAGUACAACCUGCACUGCACCAACCGGGAUUGUAAGUUUGCGCAUCAAUCUCCUGCAGCACCACCCGGCACCACCGUCGACAUUAACGAUGUUUGCACCUUUGGUGCUGCAUGCAAAAACCGCAAGUGUGUCGGUCGUCACCCAUCCCCGGCGGCGAGACUUGCCCAUCAGAACGAGCAAGACUGCAAGUUCUUUCCCAACUGCACGAACCCGAGGUGCCCCUUCAAGCAUCCCGAAAUGCCAUUAUGUCGCAACGGCGCUGGGUGCACGACUGCGGGCUGCAAGUUUACACACGUCAAGGUCAAAUGCAGAUUCAACCCUUGCAAGAACCCUCACUGCAUGUACACCCACGAGGAAGGUCAACAGGGCGUUUUUAAGGACAAGGUUUGGACUGCCGAGGGGAACAACGAUCACGUUAGUGAGCGUCAAUUCGUAGAUUCGAACGCUCAGGCAGAAGUGAUUCUCCCAGAGUCGGGGGGUGCUGUCAGCCAGGAGCAGACCAGUGCUCAGGAAGUUAUCAGCUAG